GAGAUUAAAGUAUAGGAUGUACUUCUGGGAGUUGAAUUUUUUCAAACAUUCAAAUAGGAAAAUAAUAUACCAUAAAUCUAUCAAAAGAAUUCCGCUGGGGUGUUUUUUUUUGUUUUUUUUUUUUGUGGUAUUUUUUGUUUUUUUUGUUUUGUUCUUUGGGUUUUGUUUUGUUUUUUGUCAAUUGGAUAUUGAUUUAUUUUCACUAAAUGCUCAGUUAACAUUGGUUCAAAGAAUUGAUGUAUUCAUUUAUUUACUGUAUGCAGGGACCCAGGCGUGUUAUGGAGUAUGUUUUAACCUUCAACCCCUCUAAUCAACAAUGGACUCGUCCAUAUGAUGCAGUGUGCGAUGCUCGUUUGUAAAUCUCAUGUGAAUGCAUCUUUUCCUAGCAUUUUAAAUCAAAGUACUGAAAGCCGGGCUUGCCUCCGUGGCCGAGUACUAACUUAUUCACAUGCAGCUGUCCACAUUCACUAUUUACAACCCUUCACAGGUCGUCAGGUGUGAAUAUUCACAGGAACCGGUAUUUUUGUCUGUAAUAAUAAUGUACACUGUACAAAUCAAUGAGUGUCUACACAUGAGAAAUAGUUUAUUUCCAAGAAAUUCAAAACGUCAAGAUGAUGUAAAACCACGUGAACCCUGGGCCAUGACGGUCGUGCCGCAGUAGGCUCCGGUGUUUUGGCUAUUUUUGAAGUUCUGUGAGGGAAAUUUACUUUCUUCAUUCAGGAUUUUCAUUUCUAACUACAAACUGUAAGUCCAUAUAGUGAACAUUCUGUUAAAAACGUGUUACUUAUCGUGUUACUAUAUUUACAUCGAAGUUUACCUGUUAAUUCCGUCACGCACGGUUUACCUCACGAUAUAUAGUAGUGAACACGGCUCAACUGACUUAGUUUUUUUCUCCUAUUUUGUAUUAUAUAUUAUAAAAAUCUCAUACAAACAAUCUACCAUGGAGACUGGGAUGAUCAAACCUGUCUAUAUUAGAAACUCUGACAUUGUAAUUGGCAACAAUACUGUUACCGAUUAUGAGAUUCUAGAAUCUGUUAUCAAAUGCACCAGUGAUAUCAAAUGUAUACAACGAGAUCGUGGACUCUGGAGGAUCUACGUAAAUACUCUCCAAAGUAGAACCAAACUACUGUCUGAAGGUUUCGACUUUCGAAACACAAAUGUUUAUGCUUUUGAAACAAACCCUUUCUCAGCUGGUACAAACUCUCCCAAGGAGGAAGUUUUGAGAAUCACAAUCAAAGGAGUUCCUCUAUCCGUUGAUGAUGGAGAAAUUAUAAAGAUGCUUGAUAACUUUGAUGUAUCUCUUACAAGCCCAAUAAAAUAUGAAAAUAUACGGCAUCCAAUAACCCGGAAAAUGACAAGUAUUCUAAAUGGAAACAGGUUUGUCUAUGCCAAACCUCUUCCCCAGGGAAAAUCUUUGCCAAGAUCAGCUAUUUGUGCGGGCUUAAAAUGUCUCAUCUAUCACAAAGGUCAACCUUCAAAUAAACAGACGCCUAUGUGUACUAACUGCUGGGGCGAGCAUUGGAGAUCCCAGUGUACGAAAACCAAACGCUGCAGAAUCUGUCUACAAGAAGGACAUGAUCCAGGAUCUGAAUUAUGUGAUGCCUUUGUAGAAAACCAGAAGGAAGUCAUGUCUUUUGCUGGUUCUGAAAAUCCUCUUUCCAACUUUUUCCCGUGCUCCCUACAUGUAUUUGGCGUUCACCAUCAAUCCUCCGAACACGCAUUUCAGUAUGUCAAGGCCAUUCGAAAUGGAGACAUCCAAAAAGCGCAGGCUAUUCAAGAUGUAAACUCAGCCUUAGAAGCCAAAAAAUUGGGGAAAGAGAUUCACAGCAGUGAUGAAUUCCUGUCUAAGCGAGAAGAAGUAAUGGAGGAAAUUCUAAAGGCUAAAUAUAAUCAAGUGGAAGAAUAUCACGCUGUACUGAAGAAAAGUACGCCCUCCACUAUAUAUGCUGAAGCCGUCUACGACGAUUUCUGGGGCACUGGCCUAAAUCGGAUAGGAACGGAUCACACAGAUCACAAUAAAUGGCCCGGCAAAAAUAUCAUGGGUAAGCUUACUCACAAAAUCGCUUGUGAAAACAGACCCCCGAGUCGAUCAAUAUCCGUCCCCAGGAACACUCAGUUGUCGGACCAGAGGAACAUCUCAGACAUGCUCAGCAGCAUUCAAAAGAACGAUGCUAAAAAGCCGAGAACUGGACGAAACUCCCGAAACAGGAACACAAAAAAUAGUGUUAAUUCAAAAAAAGAAUGUGAUCAAUCUGUCAAUACGCCACAACCAGUGACAACGGAUAGGUAACAAUCAUAUAUUGCGAUUCACGGACUGAAACUGGACAAUGGAAUUAGAUAUCUACAACUUAUACAAAACUAUCUUUUUAUAUUUUUUUUUGCAAUUUUAUAGAUAUGCAAACUUUCUUCAACUUAUAUACAUAUACAUGUAUUUACAUAUUACUGUAUUUUUCCUCAAAUUAUAGCCUAAAUGGAUAAGUUUGAAAUACUGUCGGUAAAUGUUCGAGGAUUAAACUCGGACGAAAAAAGAGUUAAGUUAUAUACAUGGUUAAAUGAUAUGAAUGUAGAUAUUAUCUUUUUACAAGAAACACACUAUAUUGAGAAAAAUAUAUUUAAAUAUGACUCAAGGUGGUUCGGUAAAUCGGUUCAUUGUUUUAGUGAUUCACCUUUUAGUAGAGGUGUUAGCAUUCUUUUUAAAAAAGAAUUAAAACUAGAAAUAAUUGAAAAACACGCAUCAUUGGACGGAAGAAGAUUGUUUUUAAAAGCAAAAAUACAUGGAAAAAUAGUUUCACUUGUAAAUAUUUACGCACCAAACACUAUAAAAGAAAGAUGCACAUUCUUUAAAAAAUUGAACAAUUUUCUGCAAAAACAAGGUAUAACAGAAGAUGACAAUAUCAUAAUAUGCGGGGAUUUUAACUGUAAAACAGAUAACUUUCAUGACCAAAGUACGUCGAAGCUUAAAAAGAUUGUUUGUUCUUUUGAUUUGUAUGAUACUUGGCAAUCAACACAUCCAACUUUUAAAGGUCAUACAUGGUGUAAUUCAGAGGAUAUCCCUAGUAGUAGAAUCGAUUAUAUAUUUCUGAAUAGAAACUUUACAUUCGAUUUAAACAAUAUAAUCAUACGAAAAAUUCCAGGUACAAACUUUGGGAAAAGAAUGUCUGACCAUAGGUCAUUAAAAAUAACGUUUAAAAUAGAUGCAAAUAAAAGGGGAAAUGGAUAUUGGAAACUUAAUAACUCCCAUUUAAAUGAUUUAAACUAUAAAAAAGAAAUUCAUAGAAUUAUCGAUGAGAUACAUAAUGAAGAAUUAGACCCAGUAGAUAAGUGGGAAACAUUCAAAAUAAAAUCUCGGGAUUUUUCUAUUCAGUUUUCAAAAGAAUCAAAUCUAAAUACAAAAGAUCGCAUUAAAUCAAUAGAAAAAGAAAUAAAUGGUAUAGAGGAGCUUGAUUCUUAUAGUAUAGAUAUGAAUAAAAAACGUAAUCUAGAAUCAGAACUAGAUAAGUUAUAUGACAAAAAAUGUAAAGGUGCCUUCGUAAGGUCACGAUCAAAAUGGAUGCUGGAAGGCGAAAAAUGUUCAAAAUUCUUUCUAAAUUUAGAGAAAAGUAGGCAGAAACAAAGUGUCAUAAAAGAAUUGAAAGUUAAUGAAGAUACUCGCAUAGAAAACACCAACGAUAUUUUGGGUGCUAUGUGUGAUUUCUACAAAAGUCUAUACUCGUCUGAUAAUAUAUCAGAUGAAUGCAUAGAUAAUUAUCUAUCGUCUAUUAAUUUAGAAAAUGUACUGAGUGAGAAUGAUGCAAACUAUUGUGAGCAGUUUCCAUCUCUUGAGGAAUGCACUGAUGCUGUAACAAAUCUAAAAACGAACAAAUCUCCAGGACUUGAUGGUCUUACAAACGAAUUUUACCAAUAUUUUUGGAAUGACAUAAAAGACCUAUUUUACGAAGCGCUAAAAGUAAUAUUUGAUAAUGGUCAAAUGACUUUUUCACAGAGAACUGCUGUUAUCUCCCUCCUGUAUAAAAAAGGAGAUGAAACGAACCUUAAAAAUUAUAGGCCAAUUAGUUUGACUAACACGGAUUAUAAAAUAAUUGCUUUUAUUUUUGCGAGAAGACUUCAAAAGGUUGUAGGAAAUAUCAUUAAUGAACAUCAAUCGGCAUACAUUAAAGGAA